AUGUCUAACCCCGUCAACGGCCCAGACAUGGAAGGCCGCCGCCCUCCCUGGGGCCCCCAAGGCAUGCCCCUCCCACGCUGGGGCGAGGCCUACAUCCCGCACGCCGGCUACGGCGCCCCGUCCCCGGCACCCUACGGAACAUACUACUACCCGGCAACCACAUCCUACCAGCCCUACCCGGGCUCAACAGCCUACGCCUGGCCCGGCGCCGGCAUGCAACAACAAGGAAGCUAUUACCCAGGAACAUACCCCCUCCAACCAGGCGGCCAAGCAACCUACACGCCCCGCACAGCCACCCACCUCCCAACACUCGACCCGCGCAACCCAGCAGCGCACCUCUCCAACUCGACAGGCGGAACGGGCUGCGAACCAGGCUACAACUACUUCUUCCCCGCCGCGCACACAAAAAUCCACGUUUUUCGCACCAGCACGCCGCCGUGGCAGCUGCCCCUCAACGCGCGGAUCCAGUUCUCCGCCUUCCACGUCCCCGUGAACACGACGCUCGCGGAGGUGCUGAAGGGGUUCGGGGCGACGAACCCGAAUCCGAAGAAGAAUAAGUGCUUUGAGAUUGUGCAGGCCGGGAAUGGGCGGUGGUAUAAGGGGUUGUGCUUUUCGGGGGACGAUAAGGAGAUGAUGAAGAAGAGUGUCAAGGAGGUUGGGUGGGAUGGGGAGCGGAGUGGGAUGCCGGGGGGGAAGCCUGUUGUUUGUGUUUGGCUUGUUAAGGAUUGA